CAGUCAGUCAGUCAGGCAAGCUUCCAUCCAAGCCCAAGGAACUUCCCCGCCUCCUCUUCCUCCUCCUGUUCCUUGAUUCGAAAAUACUGUUUCGACUUUUUCAUCUUCUUCAACUUCCCCACCAGUGGCUGUUACAACAGUUGGAACAGUACUAGAUUUAGUAGUCGGAAUUUCGUGCACUGCUUCUCUCUGUGCAUUGCUACUACUGCUACUGCCACCAUUACGACCACCAAAACCAUCCCAACUACAACCAUCACCAUCACAUCACCACCGCCACCAAUACAUUAGUAGUACUACCAGUACUUUUGCUGCUUCGCUACUACCGCCACUACUACUACUACCACCACCAUCAACUUCCCCUUCAAUUCUUCCUCUGAUUGUACUGGCACUAAAGAUGUAAACCAUUGAAGAAAGGAGUAGAGAAGCAAAUUUAUGGAGCCAGACAAGCACCUUUUUAUGUUCCUUAAUGAGCAAUUGAGGCACCUCAGAAUUUGAUCAUUGUGACGGUGUUUAUUGGAUCAAAGUAAUUCAUCUUUCGUGGUUUAUUUGUGCGUGAGUGAAUUUGUUCCGUGGACAAGAUGCAUCAUUACCAGCAUGGAAUGGGAUUUGGACUGGACUUGAAUGCUAUGCAGAUGCAUGGUAAUGGAGGACAAGAUCAACUUCAACUCUCCAAUGGGAGUGGAAAUCCCAGUUCCAAUGGCGGGAAUGGGAGCUCUUCAAGCAUGGGUGGCGAUGGUUCCAAUGAAGGAGCUCGAGGACAUGCAGAUAUUGGUACCAUUCUGGACCAAAUCAUGACCAUCACGGAUCAAUCACUAGACGAGGCACAGGCUCGAAAACACACUCUGAAUUGCCACCGAAUGAAACCGGCGCUCUUCUCCGUUUUGUGCGAAAUUAAAGAAAAAACCGUCCUGAGUCUGCGCAACGUCCAGGACGAUGAUCCGCCGGAUCCGCAACUAAUGAGACUUGACAACAUGCUAAUCGCCGAGGGCGUGGCGGGCCCAGAAAAGGGAGGCGGGGCAAAUGCUGCGGCCAACGCAUCGGCGGCCGCUGCCAGUAGCAAUGAGGCAACCAUAGAGCAUUCAGACUACAGGAAUAAACUCUCACAAAUCCGUAACAUUUACCAUCAAGAGUUAGAAAAAUAUGACCAAGCUUGCAACGAAUUUACCACUCAUGUUAUGAACUUGUUGCGGGAACAAUCGCGAACACGGCCUAUUACGCCCAAGGAGAUUGAAAGGAUGGUGCAGAUCAUUCACAAAAAGUUUAAUUCCAUUCAGGUGCAACUCAAGCAAAGUACAUGUGAAGCGGUCAUGAUCCUCCGAUCGCGCUUCUUAGAUGCUCGAAGGAAACGAAGGAACUUCAGCAAACAAGCUUCAGAAAUUCUUAACGAGUAUUUCUAUUCACACCUCUCAAACCCUUAUCCGUCUGAAGAAGCCAAAGAGGAACUCGCGAAAAAGUGCAAUAUUACUGUUUCGCAGGUGAAUAACUGGUUUGGGAACAAAAGGAUUCGUUACAAAAAGAACAUUGUCAAAGCUCAAGAAGAAGCCAACAUGUAUGCAGCCAAAGCUGCGGCCACUAGUGGGAUGAUGUCCCCAGCUGGAGGAGAUUGGGGUGGAGGUAGCAGUGGGUCUUCAACGCCGGUUCCCCCAGGAGGAAAUUUUACGUAUUAAAUCCAAAGUCAAAAUGACAGUGUUGUAUUGCUUCUACUUCAAAAUCGAACUCGCAGCUUUCAAAAAGCAUCAGAGAAAUAAAGUGGGCAAAAAUUUACCCAGUAACAGGCCAACCAUCUAUGCAUGUUUGGAAGAGAUUUUUCUCGCGUAUAUUCUUAAUUUAAUAGACUUUUUUAACUGACUGAUCAUUGGAAAGGUAUAAUUGGAUGUCAUUCCGUAGUUAGUGGUAUAUGACGCAAUGCUCUACUCUUGUAGCAUUGAAUGUUCAUUCGAAGUAAGCGGCUCGCCUCACGCCUUGACUGACUACAAUCGAAAAUUCAUAUUAAGUCGAGGAAACCUUGGUUUGAUAGUGUUGAUAUGGAUGGUACAAUCGGUUCAUGGUCGAUGACGGAUUGGUCCAAUCUGCUGUAGGAGUGGAAGUCUUGUAUUGCUUCGACGAGGUUUUGUUAAACACGGGCAGGAGCUCCGUAGAUUCGUCGAUGUUGGAUUUCAAAUAAACCACGGCAUCUGUUCCAUAACCGUCGAAGGAGUUCAAAAUCAAGUCUCCAUGAAAGUAUCUGGCAUACAAGCGGGACAAAGGCAAACCAUAUCCAUAACCAGCUAGAGGAGCUUUGGUGGCAUUCAUCGAAGGACGAGGUGCUGUCGAGUAAAGGUACGUGAAGAGAUUAUCACUAACCCUUCUAGAGAUACCACCACCCUGAUCGCUGAUCUUAAUGCACACAUCGUUCUCUCCUUGAGCGAUAAGGACCUCCACGUCAGGCAGCUCCAUCUGGCCUUUCUUAUGAC